AGAUUUGCGUGACAUCACAUUCAUUCGUGGGAAGAACGAGAGGAAGGCUUCGACCGACCUGGGGAGAUAUAGAAGGCCCUUCCAACGGUGUUGGUGAGAGUUGUAACCGUUAACUGGAUAUAAUAGUGUGAGGUCACAAUGGGGGAACUGUUCAGGAGUGAGGAGAUGACCCUGGCCCAGCUCUUCCUCCAGUCUGAGGCUGCAUAUUGCUGUGUCAGUGAGCUGGGGGAACUGGGAAUGGUUCAGUUCAGGGAUCUCAAUCCAGAUGUGAAUGUGUUUCAACGGAAGUUUGUGAAUGAAGUUCGGAGGUGCGAAGAGAUGGACAGGAAGCUGAGGUUUGUUGAGAAGGAGAUCAAAAAGGCCAGCAUUCCAACUGUGGACACCGGAGAAAACCCUGAGGUCCCUUUCCCGCGGGACAUGAUUGACCUGGAGGCCACGUUUGAAAAGCUGGAGAAUGAGCUGAAGGAGAUCAACACCAACCAGGAGGCUCUAAAGAAGAACUUCCUGGAGUUGACGGAGCUAAAACACAUCCUGCGGCGAACCCAGCAGUUCUUUGAUGAGAUGGAGGAUCCCAAUCUGUUGGAGGAGUCGUCAUCCCUGAUGGAGGGGAGUGAGGUGGGGAGGGGGGCUCCUCUCAGACUGGGGUUUGUUGCCGGGGUGAUCAGUCGUGAGAGGAUCCCCACCUUUGAGAGGAUGCUUUGGAGGGUGUGUCGGGGAAAUGUCUUUUUACGUCAGGCAGAAAUUGAAGACCCCCUCGAGGACCCCGCUACGGGUGAUAAGGUGCACAAGUCUGUCUUCAUCAUCUUCUUCCAAGGUGACCAGUUGAAGAACAGGGUCAAGAAGAUCUGUGAAGGGUUCCGUGCAUCUCUCUACCCUUGCCCUGAGACACCCCAAGAGAGGAAGGAGAUGUUAGCUGGUGUUAACACUCGUAUUGACGAUCUCCAAAUGGUGCUGAACCAAACAGAGGACCACAGGCAGAGGGUUCUGCAGGCUGCGUCCAAAACCAUGAGGGUGUGGUUCAUCAAGGUCAGGAAGAUGAAGGCCAUUUACCACACCCUUAACCUCUGCAACAUUGACGUCACCCAGAAGUGUCUGAUUGCUGAGGUGUGGUGCCCUGUCUCCGACCUGGAUUCCAUUCAGUUUGCUCUGCGCAGAGGCACGGAGAGGAGUGGUUCUACAGUGCCCUCCAUCCUCAACAGGAUGCAGACCAAGCAGACCCCGCCCACCUUCAACAAGACCAACAAGUUCACGUCAGGCUUUCAGAACAUCGUAGAUGCCUACGGGAUUGGAAACUACCGGGAGAUUAACCCAGCACCGUACACCAUCAUCACCUUCCCUUUCCUGUUUGCGGUCAUGUUUGGUGACAUGGGCCACGGAACCCUGAUGACUUGUGCUGCCCUCUACUUGGUCAUCAGAGAGAGCCGUAUCCUCUCUCAGAAAAUUGACAACGAGAUGUUCAACAUGGUGUUUGCUGGUCGCUAUAUCAUCCUUCUGAUGGGACUCUUCUCCAUCUACACUGGUAUCAUCUACAAUGACUGCUUCUCCAAAUCCCUCAACAUGUUUGGCUCUGGCUGGAGUGUCAGGCCCAUGUUUGGGAACAAAGGAGGAAACUGGACAUUUGAAACCCUUGGGGGGAACGCAGUGUUACAGUUGAAUCCAACUGUUCCAGGUGUCUUUAACGGUCCCUAUCCUCUUGGUAUCGACCCAAUUUGGAACAUUGCCACCAACAAGCUGACCUUCCUGAACUCAUUCAAGAUGAAGAUGUCAGUGAUCCUGGGAGUCAUCCACAUGCUGUUUGGAGUCUCUCUUAGUCUGUUCAACCACCUGUACUUCAAGAAACCCCUCAACAUCUUCCUUGGAUUCAUCCCUGAGAUUGUCUUCAUGGCCAGCCUCUUUGGCUACCUCAUUCUCCUGGUCUUAUACAAGUGGACUGCCUAUGACGCCUUUACCUCCAAAGACGCUCCCAGUUUGCUCAUCGCUUUCAUCAACAUGUGCCUCUUCAACUACGGUGAUACAACCAACAAACCUCUUUAUAGAGGACAGAUGGGGAUCCAGAUUUUGUUGGUGCUGAUUGCCCUUGCAUGUGUUCCCUGUAUGCUGAUUGUGAAAACUUUGGUGCUACGGCGUCAGCACCUGUGGAAAAUGCAUCUGUCACAGAAGAGGGAAGAAACCCCUGCUGAGAAUCUAGAGAAAUCUUUAGAGCAAACAGGCGUGUCCUCAUCAUCCACUGGACUCACCCAACAGGGCACGCAAAAAUUCGGAGGGGUGCGGGUGGGCAACGGGCCCACGGAGGACGAGGCUGGUAUCAUUGACAACGAUGCACUCUCCCAGCAUUCGGAGGAAGGCGAUGAGCAUUCUGAUGAGGAACCGUUUGAUUUCGGGGAUGUUGCAGUUCACCAGGCCAUUCACACCAUAGAGUAUUGUCUGGGCUGCAUCUCCAACACGGCCUCUUACCUGCGCCUCUGGGCCCUCAGUCUGGCUCAUGCACAGCUGUCAGAAGUGCUGUGGACCAUGGUUAUGCACCUCGGUCUGUCUUCCAGGAGCGGGGGUGGGUUCUUUGCCCUGUCAAUCAUCUUUUCAGCUUUCGCCGUCCUCACCGUGUGCAUCCUGCUCAUCAUGGAAGGCCUGUCAGCCUUCCUACACGCACUCCGUCUGCACUGGGUGGAGUUCCAGAAUAAGUUCUACUGUGGACAAGGAUUUAAAUUUGUCCCGUUCUCGUUCGAGAGUAUCUUCGAGGGCCGGUUCGAUGAAUGAAAACAUAGUAUCCAGUGCUAUAAAAGAUCCCCAAGCUUCACGACUCCCCGUCUCUGCAUGGACCCACCCCUCCCCCCACAGCCUGGUUGUGCCCUCUAUGGGGCAUGUUGUGAAGUGUUAUUGCAAGUAUUUGACAACACACUGUCUCCUGGGAUUCCAUAGCAUCUAUACAUGGUAAUUUGUCUCAGUAUACUAUGGUAUCUGCAUUAGCUAUGACUAAGUAGUAUAGAGUAAGUACACCUGUGAACAGGAAUGUCCCACCCUAUGAGUAUUGUUUUUGUGCUGCAUGUUGUCAGAGUAUUGGAACACUACGUGAGAGUCAGUAUCUAAAUAUCAUGCUUGAAUAUCUUGGGAGUCAGAACGAAAUUUGAAUCGAUGCCGUUGGGACAAAUGCAAUGACUUCUGAAGCAACAGGUUACAAUUCUAUUUAAAUAUUGGUAUAAUCAGAUUAUCAACUCCAUACUAAAUUAUAAUUUACAGCUGGUGAUGCUUGUGUGUCAAGUGGUUUUCUACAGCAGUUUGUAGAUACAUACUUUGUAUGUGUUACUAGUUUGAUAUGUUUUUAGUCAUAUCACGUUUUCAUGUUAACCAGAAAAGGCCAGAGCGUCUGGCAUGGUUUUUGUUUUAGUUUGUUUUAUUCGUAGUUCAGCAAUGGAACAUAUCAGUCCAUUGCAACACUAAUCCAGUGUGAAUUUGUAUAGAUGUUGUUUUUCUGUCAAAUAUUGUGUUUAACCCCUGUGAGUGUAUCCGUCCAUGCAGCAAGUGUAUUCAGGCCUAUAAAGGGAGUUUGUCAUUCAAGUUUCUGUUGUUGUCAAUGGAAUUUGCUAUGCAGCGUAACAAGUACUUUGUGAGUGGAUUUUAUUUCAUGUUAGUGGAUGUGUUUUUAAAGAUCACUUAUAAAUGAAGCU